GUGAGAUGCAAACCCUUAAAACUCAAUCAUGACUGCUGUCUCCAACGUUACGCAGUUGCCCUCUUUUGACCAAGUGACUGAAGAUGCUCACUCCGAGAACGAGGGUCACGGCUUCUGGUGGAGUGCUGUUGGUCAAUCGUUCGCUAUACUGUUGAAAACAAAUCAGUAUAGCGAAGAUGAUCAACGUUUUUAUGUUCGUUGGUUCCAGCAAUGGAUCACGGCUUCAUUAGGACCACGACCUAUCAACGGCAAACCUCAUUAUGGGGCAACUUUUGUCUACGAUGGCUCACCCGUGGAGUUCAGCGUCAAUUGGAAAGAGAAGAAACCCGAACAAACAGUGCGUUUCACCAUCGAGCCAUGUUCUUCAAAGGCGGGCACGGCGGCUGAUCCACUCAAUCAACUCGCGGCGAAGGAUCUUUUGCAGUCAAUGGCCAGAGUUGUGCCUGGUAUCGAUCUGAUCAGAUUCAACCUCUUUCUGUCAGAGACUCACGUGCCGGACGAAGAAGCGGAUGAGGUUUUGGCAAAGCUCCCAGCGGGAAUUCCACGGGCUCGUGUAUUGGUUGCUUUUGACUUGGAAAGAGGUGGAAUCGUUGCUAAAGCCUACUUCAAUCCCGUUUUGAAGGCGAUUGCAUCAGGCAAAUCUAUUUCAACUGUGGUUUUCGACGCAAUACGGAAAUGUAACGGGCCAGCUGGCUCCUACAAUGCUUCCAUAGGACUUCUUGACGAGUUCCUGGAGUCAUGCGGACCUUCUGAGGUACCACAUAUCUUCACGGUGUCCAACGAUUGUGUUUCCGACACUCCAAACUCGAGAGCCAAAGUCUACACAAUCGCUCCGAUCACGACUCUUAAGAGUGCCAAGAACGUUUUCAGUCUCGGAGGUAGACUUUCUGGAGCAGCUAUCGAGGGAGGUUUGAAAGCAGUGGGUGGCUUUUGGGGAUAUGUUUUUGGCUUCGACAGUCCUCAUACAGAUUUUGAGGAGAAGGAGGUCUUGCCUGCGGGGACAAGAUGUGUUUUUGUUUUCGAGAUGAGACCCGGGAAGGAAAGUGGAAAGGUACCGAACAUUGAGGUCAAAAUGCACAUGCCAGCGUUGUGGCUUGGCAAGACAGAUACACAAGUCUGUGACAAACUGUCUUCCUGGUUCAAAAGCCAUGGCCAUGAUCAACUCUCAGGCCGAUAUCAACAGGACAUGAAUUUGGUAUUUCCAAAACACGAUUUCAGCACGCCUGAGAGACUGACUCAUACUUGGGUAUCGCUCACAUACACGGAGAAGACGGGUCUCUACAUGACGAUGUAUUACACCCCAAAGCUGUUUGGCCAAUCUUCUCCAAUUGCCUAACUUGCAACAACAUCACGAACUACGUUGAGAUACUCGCGUAAUUUGUUGGUUUAUUCUCGAUUGUUCUCCGUGUAGGGCAAUAGCGAUAUGUUUCACAAUUUGCGAGAUUAGUUAUGAAUGAUAUCCAUGGCAUUGCUCUACUUGAUCGC